ACUGUUAAAACAAAAAUUUCUGAAAUUUCCAAUGUUUGGGUUUUUCCAAGCGAACGUUAUCGUUAUCUUCCGUUUCAGUUUUUCAUUUGUAAUGUAAUUUAACUGAUAUUUUUUUUCGUUUCUAUUAUUUAUUUAGUACUUUUUAUUUGCUAAUUUAGUCGAUUUUUACCUAACGAUUCUCCUAGUAGUCUUUCUUUUAUUAAAAACAGUUUAGAAAUGAACUGAUGAAAGUUAGUUUUUCAAGUUCUAUUUGAAGAUAAAUUAAUUCAAGAUAUGGAAUCUCAACAUAAACAAUACCAAGAUCUGUCUCCCAGAACUAAACAGAAAAACAAGGAGACUGACAGUUCUAUAUCUUUGACAUUUGAUUCAGAAUCUGAUUGUGGCUACAAAUCUGGUGAAAUAAGUUCUGUAUUAUCUACUAGUGAACAGAUCUCUAAUUUGUCCUUGACAGAUUCCUCAUCACAACUCACAAAAAGUGAUCAAAAUGUUAGUUAUGACAGUGGUCUUGUAACUGACAGUUCUUCAUCUAUAAUAUCAGAAAGUUAUUCGUCUGAAAAGCUAGACAACCUGCAACCACCUAAACCUCUCAACAUAAAAGAAAAAUAUCUCUGGCAUGAUAUAUUCUCUCAAGAUAAAGAUGGAGACACCAUACUUCACCUUGCAAUUGUUGAAGCUCGUUCUGAUAUUAUAUUUCCAUUAAUACGCUUAGCUCCUCAUCCAGAUUUCUUGGACAUUAGCAAUGAUUUAUAUCAGACUAUGCUACAUCUUGCUGUUUUAACUGGGAAAUCAAACAUUGUCCGCAGGCUUGUAGUUGCUGGUGCAACACUUGAUGUUCAAGAUCAUGGUGGGAAUAUUCCACUGCACAUUGCUUGUAGAAGUGGGGAUUUGGACUGUGUCCGAGCAAUGCUUACACCAGUUAUAGAAGCUGAAAUCAGUGUUGCACAAUGUUCAUAUCAGAUGUUUUUGCAAAAUCAAGAUUUGUCAUAUCUCAUUAACAUGAAAAAUUUUGAUGGUCAAUCAUGUGUCCAUCUUGCUGCUGCUGGAGGUUUUUUGAAAGUUAUGGAAUGCCUUAAUAAUCAUCAUGCCAACAUUGAUGAUCAGGACGGAAAAACUGGACGAACAGCACUUCAUUAUGCUAUUGAAAAUGGUAAUUACAGACUAGUCGAGUUAUUACUUAAGAAGUGCCGUGCUGAUCCUCAUGUCCAGAAUUAUGCUGGGAAAACAGCUUUUUGUGUGGCAUGGGCAUUACGGAAGAGAAAUCAUAUCCAUAUAAGAGACGAUAUUAUGCGGAUACUUAAAAUUCCUCCAGAUUAUCGUGAUGAAUCUGAUGAUGAAGAAUCUGAUUAUUCCAGUGGAGAAAUUGAUAUUGAAGUUUUACUUCAAAACUCGAAAAACUCAUUGUCCAGUAUGUGAUACCAACAUAUAAAUAUAUACUACUGUUUGUUAUUAAAUGUUAUUUCAUUAUCCUAAGAUAGUUAAAGUGUGAAAAUGUUUCCACUGCCUCAAAAAGUGUUCAUGUUUCACUCAUGUAAUUAUAUCUGUUGCAAUACUUAAGUGCAUUUGUUAAAGUACAAAAUUUAUGCUUAAUAUAUAAAUGAGGUUAACAUGCUCUUUGUAUAGUUAAUAAUGCAUUAUGUAUAUAUACAUAUUGUUAUGGAUAAUGGAGUUAUUUUUAUUAUUAUACAUUGCUUAUUCAAAUACAUAGUUUCAAAUUAGUAUUUAUUUUACAUUUGGCUGAUGCUUUUAUUAAACUUUUAUUGUGUUUGAUGUGUAAAGCUGAUCUUUUAUAUUUUAUUAAAAUAAUUAUUUAUGCUAUAUUUUGCUCAUUUAUUUCUUAUUCUUAAAUCCCCUUUCAAUAAUAUUGAAAGAAUAAUAUUGGUGUGUUAGUAUUAAAGUUUAUUCAUGAUUUUUAUUAAUAAACAAACUUAUUUUUUAGAAUAUGUGAAUCCAUUAAGAUAUUAAAAAUUUAGUUUUAAAAUUUACUACUAGACACUGAAUAAAAAAAUUUAAAAAAAACAUUGCAAACAGAUAAAGAUUUUAUAACUUUUCCAGCUUUAUGAAAUCAAAAAUUAGUUCUUGUCUAACAAUCAAUAUUUAUGAAUCACAUUAACUAUCAUUAACAUUAUUCUAAAUUCUACAGAACUUAAUCGUUUAAUUUAUGGGAUAAUAUUUAUUAUACUUUUGUAUGUAACCCACAUCUAAGUCAAUAUGGUAAGAUGUGUAUUUAUCUAUGUCAAAUUAGAGAUAAAAAAUAGUUUAAUUUGGGUGAUAAUAUAUUUGUAUUAAUGGCACUGAGUAUGCUAAAGAAAAACUUUCAUUUUAUUUUUAGGUCCUGCAAUGAGAUCUAAUUUUUGCUGAUUUUUUUACUAUAACAAAAAAAUCCUAAAUGCUCUAUAGUUUAGGCUUCACACAUACUUUUUAGUUUUGAAAAAGAAAUUCAAUUAAUAAUUAUCUAAAAAUAUAUAAAACCCUAGAUCUAUUUUAUAUUAAUAUUGUUGACUUAUAUAUCUAGUGGUCCUAUGAUAAAUCAAAAUUAUUCAAUCUUCAAAAUUCAAAUCUCUCUCUUUUUUUUUAGAGAAUAUUACAAACAAAAGAUUUUCAUCAUCCUGUUUAAGUAUCUUUAUGAAUGUCUCAUUAUUUAAUUAUAGAUCUAGCUUCUUGUAAAUACUUAUGAAAAUUAUAUAUUUUCUUAAUAAAAAUCAUAUUUGCUUGUUAAGUUCUUUUUUCUUAUUAAAUUUUCUUUGUAGAUUCAUGGGGACUAAAGUUAGUUUGAUUGAUAAUAUUAAACUUAUUUUAGUAUCUGAA